UUCACCACCAUCAUCGCCGGCAACCACAGCCUCGCCGGAAAAUGAAUAUUCCGGCAAUCGAGUUCUGCUCCUCCGAACGCCUUCCGAAUGCAAGAGUUCCUGUUCAUCGCCGUCACAUUCUCCAUGAAAAACACUAGAACAAGUUUUAUCUGUCACAUUUUCAGAAGUUAUCCGUUUCUUAUCGCUCUAACCGAGGGGAAAGGUAUCAAUUUUGCUUCCUUCAAACUGAUUUUCUGAUCCGGCGAUGUCAACACGUAACGUAGUACUUACUCUGAUGCAUUGAUUGCGGUGUACUUUCUCCAUCGAUCAUGAAUAAUUUCUGUAAAAAAAGUGAGGGUUUCCUGUAGGCAUUUAGUGAAUUUUUUUUGUACGAAGGAGCCAGUUUUGAUUUUAAUUCGUCAACAGUUCGUAACAGCCCUCUCUCCCUCUCUUCUGAGAAGAGGAGGAACUAAGUAUAAUUAAGGUAGAUUAAUUUAUAGUUUAGUAAAUAGCUAUGCAUUUCCAGAUGAAGAUUCAACCGAUCGACAAUCAGACUUAUGAAGAGUCGGUUAACUGCGAAUCCCCGGCGACGGUGACGGUAAAGCCGGUGUUGAAGUCUCGGCUGAAGAGGCUUUUCGAUCGGCAAUUCCCUAGUGUUCUAAAGAAUAAUUCGGAGAAAUCAAACGGAGCCGGUGAAGUCAAAGAUGGAGAAUUCGAGCCGAGCUCUGUCUGUUUGGCUAAAAUGGUUCAGAAUUUCAUCGAAGACACCGUUCCUGAGAAGCCGAAAUGCGGCCGAAAUCGUUGCAAUUGUUUCAACGGAAACAUCAACGACAUUUCCGAUGACGAAUUCGAUCUCUCUGCUGCUGGAUUUUUUGGCGAUUCUACUAAUCCUAACUCCUGGUCCGGAGAUUCUUUCGAAACUCUCAAGAGCUUGACGCCCUGCGCGAAUGUUAGCCAGAGAAAUCUCUUAGCAGACACAUCUAAUAUUGUUGAGAAGAACAAAGCUUGCAAGCGGAAAGACGAAUUGAGGAAAAUUGUUGCCGAAGCAUUACUCUUAAUCGGCUACGAUGCUUCAAUUUGUAAAUCGCGUUGGGAAAAAUCCUCUUCCUAUCCUGCCGGUGAAUACGAAUACCUAGAUGUCAUCGUUGAAGGCGGAGAUAGGGUGUUGAUUGAUAUAGAUUUUAGAUCGGAGUUCGAGAUAGCUCGGCCGACCGGAAAUUACAAAGCAAUCCUUCAAUCACUGCCGUACAUCUUUGUCGGCGAAGCCGAUCGUCUGCAACAGAUUCUGUCAAUUGUAUCUGAGGCGGCGAAACUGAGCUUGAAGAAGAAAGGAAUGCACAUUCCUCCAUGGAGGAAAUUCGAGUAUAUGAGAUCCAAAUGGCUGUCGGCACACAUCAGGACGCCGCCAUCCCCGUCGCCGUCGCUGCUCCUUCCACCGCCACCAACUCCACCGCCAACACCGAACGCCAACGCCUCACCCAAACAGAUAUUUUCCAGCGAAUACAAAAAGUCGUCAUCCGUUUCUACACCGGAGUUCGCGUCGGAGUGCGGAAUUUUUGAGCUGAUUUUUGGAGAGGAAAAGACGCCGUCGCAGUCGACGGAGACAAGUCAACUAUCUUCACCCGGUGUUUUGCCAUCGAGAAAAUCCGAUGACGGUUUUGACUCGUCGGCGGCGAGGAUAUGGCAACCGCCGGCGAUAAAACCGAGGAAUGUGGAGAAAGGAAGUAAAUUAGUGGUCACCGGAUUAGCUUCUCUUUUCAAAGAGAAAGCAUGAAGGAAUAAACAAAUUUUGGAAUUAUUUUUUUUUUCUUUUCCUUUUCCCCCUUUACUCGGUUCCCCGAGUUAAAAAAAAAAGAAAAAAGAAAAAUUAUAUGUAAAAAAGAAUGCAGAUAUUAUAAGGAAAUCCUUUCUCAUCCUACUUCAUAAAUUUAAUUAUAAUUUUGUUGGC